UCCUCCAUGACUUAGGUAAUGCCUUUUGGCUACGAAAACAAGAGGAGCACGAGUUCAGUGGAGCCGCCGUGUAAAUCAGUGUUUUUGUUAGUUAUUUAAGCGUUGCAGCUGUAUUGAAACGGCACAGGCCUUAUGUGUGGUUCACAGCACGGUUUGCGUUUAGAAAAGCUAGUUUAAGGCGCUUCAUCUCUGGAGACGAAGCGUUAGCAGGUUAGCUCGCUCAUUCAUUCGGAGCGACGGAGCUAACAAAGGAACAGAGGGACCUGACUGAGCGGCCGCCGAGCUGUUUAUCUUACCGAACACGCUUCUUUAAAAUUCAGCGCAAAUCAGCAGCUGCGCUGUGCAUUUUUCGUUAGACAAGCGUAACGUUUUUUCACCAGCUUACUUUUUGUCUUUGUCGUAAAGAGCGCUGUUAGCCCAGUUAGCUAACAGCUAGCUAACGUUUAGCGUGGCGUGUGUUCGACAGCUCCGCCUUCAGUGUAGAGAGUAGAGCGCCGUCUGUCUCCGUCUGUUCCGCUGCCAGAGCCGAGAUGGCUGAGAUGUAUAUUCGUGUGGCCGAGGAGGAGAACGAGGAGCCGAUGGAGAUUCCGUCAGAGGACGACGGGACGGUGCUGCUGUCGACGGUAGCCGCUCAGUUCCCGGGUGCGUGCGGCCUGCGCUACCGGAGCCCCAUAUCGCAGUGCAUGCGGGGGGUGCGCUUGGUGGAGGGGGUCCUACAUCCUCCUGAAAACGGCUGGGGAAACCUCGUCUACGUCGUAAAUUACCCGAAAGAGCCAGCUCUCCCAGACAACAAGAGGAAGAUGGAUGAAAUUGAUGCAUCAUCUGCCAAGAUCAAGAGAGGGGACCAGAAAACUUCAGAUCUCAUUGUGUUGGGUUUGCCCUGGAAAACUACAGAACAAGAUUUAAAGGACUAUUUUGGUGCCUUUGGUGAAGUCAUUAUGGUGCAGGUAAAGCGGGAUGUGAAGACUGGAAAUUCAAAAGGCUUUGGCUUUGUGAGAUUUGCUGACUGGGAAACUCAAAAUAAAGUGAUUAACCAGCGACACAUGAUUGAUGGGAGGUGGUGUGAUUGCAAACUGCCCAACUCAAAGCAGGGUCCUGAUGAGCCCAUGAGGAGCAGGAAGGUGUUUGUGGGGCGCUGCACUGAAGACAUGACCGCUGACGACCUGCGGCAGUUCUUUAUGCAGUAUGGCGAAGUCACAGACGUCUUCAUUCCCAAGCCUUUCCGAGCUUUUGCUUUCGUUACUUUUGCUGAUGACCAGGUUGCCUCUUCCCUGUGCGGAGAGGACCUAAUCAUUAAAGGAGUGAGCGUGCACAUCUCCAAUGCUGAGCCCAAACACAGCAACAGUAGGCAGAUGAUGGAUCGGGUGGGCCGCUUUGGGAACGGGUUUGGGGGUCAGGGCUUUGGCAGCAGCCGCAGCAGCUCCAGUAGCCUGGGCAACUUUGGCAACUUCAACCUCAACCCAGCCAUGAUGGCUGCUGCCCAGGCUGCUCUGCAGAGCAGCUGGGGCAUGAUGGGCAUGUUAGCUCAGCAGGGUCAGUCUGCCACAUCUGGCUCGAGCACAAGCACAAGCUCCUCUCGAGACCAGCCGCAGUAUAGUUCGGGCAAUAGUAACUACAACAGCAGUUCGGCUACCCUGGGGUGGGGUACUGGUUCUAAUUCCAGUACCGGUGGAAGUGGGUUUAAUUCAAGCUUUGGCUCUAGUAUGGAUUCAAAGUCUUCGGGAUGGGGUAUGUAAGUUAUGGGUUUUUUGUUUUGUUUCUGAAGUGUUGGUAUUUCUAGUGUGUGUUUGGUAAGUAUUUUUGAGAGACUUAACUCUUGUCAUGUGUGUUUGGGAGUGGGAGCAGGAGGGGAAGGGGAGAUUGGGAAGAGAACAGAAUGUUUUGUACAUUUGAGCAAGAGAUUAAAUUUAGUGUUUGAAGUGAGCUGUGUUAACCAGAGUGUUACACAAAGACGCAUCAUUCUUGGUGUCAGUUUUUCUUUAUGUUGUUGUUUUGGUUGAUUGGGAGUAGGAAGAAAUAACAUUUCAACUGGAUUCUUAAAAUGCAUGCAGUUCAAUCUGUGGUCACUGAAAAUGCAUGUGAUGAAAGACCACCAAAUUUGCACCUUUUUAAAUUUCAUUUUUAAAAGCUUGCAUUGGGAAGAAUCUGAUUGAAACCUGCAAUCUUUUUAAGAGUUCAGCUUUAUUUACAGACCUGUUUGGUGAAGAUACAUUUAUAAAGCCUUCAUCGAAAUCUCUUCUGCAGUUGCCAUCUCUGGGUUUUGCCUGGGAAGAAGGCCCUCUGUGGCAGCACUGUGUGGCUGAGAUCAUAAACCUACCUUCUUCCCCCAUGUCUUAAAGCUCUCAUCGCACGGCUCGCUGACACGGUGGGUGUCUACUUUUUAAUCAACUUCCUUUUUUCUGAUUGACGAACUACGCAGAAAAUGAACAUUUUUAACAACUCUUGAGUGCGAUUGGUGGUGGCGAAGAGUGAGAAGGCUGCGAGUGAGCGAACGGGGAGAGAGAGGAAGGAAAGCGUGGAAGCGAGCGAACGAGGAAAAAAAAGACUGAUGAGAGUGCGAUGAAAGAGCUCAAAUGUGACUGCAGUGGGUGGCUAAUGUGAGCGUGUGAAUGAGAGCUUGUUGACAAUUCCCAGCUUCACCUAUAUACAACCCCAAAAACAUGGACAAUAUGUUUACCCUGAAGAAUCUCUUGUUUAUCUUUCCCCCUUAGGCCUCCCAUUUUGCUUUUCUUCUAUAGUAUACUGACAAUGUGUUUAAGUAGCUAGUGGAAUGUUGUGAUGAAUAUUUUUUUUGUCUUGCUGAUAUAAUCUGAUCUGAAUGCUGUAUGGUGUGUGUGCUUUAAUUCCUUGUAACUUGACCUGUAAGUGUGAACUUUGAUGUGGAUGACAUCUUCAGUGGACACUGAGGGGGGUGAGCACGAGUGAUGGUGUAAGUGCGACCUGUAUGUUGAGUGCUGUGGAUGUCUGUGGAAUGAAUUCCUUCUAGAUAACAUUUGCUAAAUGUUUUCAAAGGCAUUUUAUAUGGCUUGUCAAAUGAAGGGAGUGCUUCAAUAAAACAAUUUGAAUAGGUA